GAAACAAUGAUGUUUCAGCCAUGAAAAAAUGGAGAGAUUGCUUUUAAUUUGGAUAAAAGAAAGAGAAAUGAAAAAAGAUGUAACUAGUAUGACUAUCAUUCAAGAGAAAGCUAGAGAAAUUUUUGAAGAACUGAAGAAACAAACUCCAAAUUCAUCAGAUGAAGAGAUAGAAUUCAAAGCUACUACUGGAUGGUUUUCAAAGUUUAGAAGGAGAACUGGCAUUAAACAUGUAGUAAUUCAUGGUGAGUUUGCUAGUGCAGAUAAAGAAGAGGCUGAGUUCUGUAUCAAAUUUGAAGAAUUUAUUAAAAAAGGAUAUUGUCCACAACAAAUUUUCAAUUAUGAUGAAAGUGAUUUAUUUUGGAAGCGCAUGCCAAACCGUGCCUACAUUACGAAAGAAGAGAAAAAUAUCCCUGGGCAUAAACCCAUGAAAGACCGACUGACGUUAUUAUUGGAAGCUAAUGCUAGCGGUGAUAUGAAGCUUAUCCCGCUUCUUGUCUAUCACUCUGAGAACCCUAGAGCAUUCAAAAAAAAUUCCAUAAUUAAAGAAAAACUGUCAGUGAUGUGGAGAUCAAAUAAAAGGGCAUGGGUCAUGCAGGCUCUUUUCUAAGAAUGCCUGUUUGAAGUUUGUGCUCCUAGCAUCAAGGAUUACCUUCAGACCAAUGAAUUGCCAUUAAAAGCACUGUUGCUAUUGGACAAUGCACCAGGACACCCAAAAGACCUUGAAGAUAAUUUGCUGGAAGACUUUCCCUGGCUGAGAGUUCAGUUUCUACCUCUGAAUACCACUUUGUUGAUUCAACCAAUGGAUCAAGAGGUUAUUGCUGGUUUCAAGAAAUUGUACAUUCGAGCACUGUUUCGUCGGUGUUUUGAAACAUGCCAGUUCUCCUCAACAAUGACAUUAAAAACAUUUUGGAAAGAAAAAUUUGAUAUUCUUUAAGCUAUACAGCUCAUUCAAAAAGCAUUGUCAGAAAUCACUCAACGACAGUCUGCUUGACAAAAGCUGUGUCCCUCCUGCAUUCAGGGAGAGAGAGAUGAUGUCCCUGAAAUUAUGGAUGAAAUUGUGACAACUGCUAGAGAUCUGGAAUUGGAAGUGAAUAAAGAUGACAUUGAAGAACUCAUAAUGGAAUCUGAAACUGAUCUGACGACAGAACUCCAAGAAUGCUUAAAUGAAGAACACCAAGAAACUCAGAGAGAUGUGUUUUCUUCUGAAAAAGAAGAUGAAAAAGGAUCAAUGCCAACAUCUGCUAUUAAAGAUCUUUUGAAGAAGUGGGAGGAUGUCAGAACAACAGUCUUAGAAUGGCAUCCAAACCAAGUUGAGGUUAAUAGG